GAACCCUACAUCGCCUACGGCAGCACCGAAGACCUCUUCCUCGAAUGCUCCCGCCAAUGCUCCUACACCAUCCCCUCAGCCCUAGAAACACCCCCAGGCAAACCACCUCAAAACGCCGCCGGCGACCACCUCGGCGAAGGUUCCGGCUGGUGGCUCACUCCCAAAUCCAAAGGCGGAUUGGGACUAGAAGUAACCUUCAAUUCCUGGGCCCAAGUCCUCUACCUCCACAUGUGGCUCCUCACCGUACGCCUGCGGUGUUUCCCCGAAAAAUACGUAAAAGACUGGCAUCAAAACCUCAUCGAUCAUUUCUUCUACGCGGCAGAAGAUCGUAUGGCGACGUGGCACGGCAUGGCAGCACGAGGGGUUCGGAAUAAGAAUUUGAAGGAUUUGUGGACGCAGUGGAGGGGUGUGCAAUUGGCGUAUGAUGAGGGAUUGAUUAAAGGGGAUGCGGUCAUGGCGACGGCGGUGUGGAGGAAUGUUUUCAAAGCGGAUCCGAAUGUGGAUUUUCGGGAUUUGGCGCGCGUGACGGCGUAUGUUUAUCGGGAGUUGGAGAGGUUGGGACGGGUGGGUGAUGAGGCUUUGACGGAGGGG